CAAGUCUUUUUUGCUAUAGAAGUAACCUUGCAUUCUGGUUCUGGUAACAACUCCACUGCAAAUAAUGGUGUUGCCCAAGUUCUCUCUGCUCUUCUGGCUUCUCCUUUCUUUCAAUGUCAUUCUCUUGAUAAAUUACCCAACUGAAUGUGCUGAUGAUGAGAAAGAUAACCUUUAUCAGGGUAUCAAUAAGUAUCGAGCAUCAAUAAACCUGAAAGCUCUAGCAAAGAAUGAAAAUGCUGAUUGUCUUGCUGAUCAAAUAGCUGAACAAUUCAAGAAUCAACCCUGCACAAACACCACAGGUGCUAACACAGUCCCAGGGACAGAGCCUCAAUUCUCCAACUACCCAAACCUUUUAGCUAAAUGCCACUUGGCUAUUUCCGACACACAGGACAGAACUGUCAUGCCUGCUUGUGUUCCUAACCUGGUUCCGAGCCUCGUCCUCUCGAAUUUCACGGGAUCUCUUUAUUCAGAUAGUCUCAACGACACAAAGUACACAGGAAUUGGAAUUGGUUCAGAAGAUAACUGGAUUGUUGUUGUCUUAACCACCAAUACACCUGCAGGAAACUUUGCUCCAUAUAGUUCUAAUGGUGCCAAUUUGAUUUCCAAAAUGGGAUUGAUUCAUUGUUCAAUGCUAGUAUUAGUUGGCAUCGUUUUCCUGUUAUGAAACUCAUAGUGUGGCUAUGGGCAAUGCUUCAUUGUUACAAUUUUGUUCCAAAUAAAGGUUUUAUUUGUGUCAGUGUAAACUGAAAAUAAUGAAGACAAUAGUUUUUUUCUGGAGGAA